AUGGAAAUUCCAGAUAAAACCUCGGAAGAUGGGAUACCUAGAAGGUCGAUGGAAAGUGAGUUUGAAGAUGGGAAUUUUGUGUCGAAGAGUGCUUGUGUGUACGGAGGGUUGCUGGAGUCUGUUUUCAUGAUUCCUUUCAGGAGGCUUGGAUUUCAGUCCUCGGCUCCUGUGUUUCCUGUUUUACUAGAUCAGAUUAAGGUGAAUGUGGACAGCCAAUCUUCGUCAGCCACAAAGUAUACAGUAAAUCUGAGCUACGGGAGACAGAAAUGGAAAAUAAAUGUAGGGAUAGUGCAAUUGUUUUCCUUGAAUGCAUAUCUCCAUUACAGAGGAGUCACGGAUUUAAGGAGGGACAAGCCCAACAUAUGUGGAGAGGGACAGUUUAGAGGUGUUGAGGAGUUUCUUAGGACUGUCCUCCAUCGAUCCCGGAUCUUGGAUAUUGGCAAGGUGUAUGACUUCUUCAGGAUAUCCAGAUAUUCGUUCAAUGGUACAAAGAUGUUUGAAGAUAAGUUCCAUGUAAGCAUAAUGGACCUAAACGAGAGCAGAUGCAGGACUUCCUGUUAUGGAGUCCUGGAAAUCUCAGGGAAGAUAUAUGUUGUCAGUAAGAGAUCGCAUCUAGUGUUUGUUGAUUACAGAAACGGCUACAGAGACAUGAAUGUUCUGUUCUAUAGAAGGGAUCUGGAUGUCAAGUAUAAAGCAGAUGUGUUUUACAGUAAGAUAACCAUGGUGAGAGACGGGAGGAAAUAUGUAAUUAAGUCGUUUAGACACGAUUCUGUACUGCAAUUGUUCAAUGAGAUUCAGAAGGGGUUGGAGGAAAGAAGGGGAUCGGAGAGGCUUUUCUCCUUCAGCCCAGUGAGGAGAGGAAGCAUGAUAAACUUUUAUGUGGAUGGGAAAAGCUAUUUUUGGAAUCUUUACGAGACAUUGCAUCUUGCCCGGAGAGAGGUUUUCAUUGCUGGAUGGUGGAUUUAUCCUACGCUUUAUCUUCGAAGGGAGUAUGUUGGAGGGAAGUUGGAUGAGAAAUACAGGAUUGACUAUGUCUUGAAAGAGUUGGCCGAGGAAGGAAUAAGAAUAAGAAUACUUGUAUAUGGAGAAGUAUUUGGGGCACUCAAGAUGAACUCCAACCACACCUGCGAGUUUCUGUCGAACCUGCACAAGAGAAUCGAGGUUCUCAGGCAUCCUGACAGUAUAGGACAUGCACCGAUAUACUGGACACACCAUGAAAAGCUGGUUGUUAUAGACCAAAGGAUAGCAUAUGUUGGAGGGAUAGAUUUGGCACCAGGGAGGUACGACACACAGGAACAUUCUCUCUUUAGGACGGAAUGGGCGUGUGGAGGCCUGGGAACAGACAGAAGGAAAGAAGAAGUGUUUUCCAAGAUACUGGAAUUACCAUGGCAUGAUGUCCAGUGCAAGGUUGUGGGGGGUUCUGCAUUUGACAUAUCGCAGCAUUUCAUCGAACGAUGGAACUUUGUUAUUUCCAAGUAUGAUGGAGAGGGAGGGAGUGCAAGGCUCUUAAUCCCAAAUGAAGAAUUCAUAGAAAUAGAGCAGACACUCGGAGACCUGGAGGUAAACAGAGCAUUUCCAAAAACUCAAGUGCUGAGAUCUGUUGGGAAAUGGUCUCUUGGAUAUGAUGAAGAUUCGAUAUCAAGAGGAUAUUCCGAGGUGAUUCGUAACUCCAAGAGGUUUAUAUACAUGGAGAACCAGUUUUUCAUCACAAAAUGCGACCUUGCACCAGGAUAUCCGGAAAAUACCAUUGGAAGGGCACUUGUGGAGAGAAUAAUCCAGGCAGAUAGAGCUAAGGAGGAAUUCAAAGUGUAUGUUGUGAUUCCUCUCUGUCCCAUAUUUGAUGGGGGAUUCAUGGUUGGUUUGACUCCUGCAGCUGAGAUAGUAAGAAUCCAAUCAGAAUCGAUAUCAAGGGGAGACACUUGCUUGCAUCAGGUGCUAAAGAGGAAUGGGGUUGAUUCAGGACGGUAUAUUGUAUUUAUGUGUUUGAGGAAGAUCCACUUUGAUGGGAAAAGAAUUGGACAGGAGCAAAUCUACGUGCAUUCCAAGAUGAUCAUUGCAGAUGGGACAUCGGCAAUAGUAGGAAGUGCAAAUCUUAAUGACAGAAGCAUGCUGGGAAACAGGGACACAGAAGUAGCGUUACUGGUGAGGGACGAAAGAGAGGUUGUCUGUAAGCUGUUGAAGAGGCUGUUGAAAGAACAUCUCGGAGCCUGGGAGGAAGACCAAAACAGAUACGGACCAAAAGACUUUUUGGAGAGCUGGCUUCUCGGCAACGAACUUGAUCUUGCAAGUGACGACGUCUUUACUAGGAUUGUGGCUAGGGCAAGAGGGAACACAGAGAUGUUUGAAAAGAUGUUUGGAAACAUCAAAAGCUAUGCAGGAGGGCAUCUGAAUCUUUAUUCGGUGGAAAGUGACUUCAUCUGGGAAGUGCUAAACGGAAUAAAGGGCCACCUGGUUCUGUUUACAGACAACUUUCCGGUUGACAGGGAGGUUGGGAGGAGUAUUUUCGGCAUCCAAGCAUUGAUUCCAUCGGUGAUUUACUAUUAG